GGCCUACUUGGACAAAUUCCAGAGGAUCCUGACCGACCAAGAAGUGCCGAGAAGAGUCGAGUCGCAGAUCAUGCGAGCUGAGGCUUGGAAAGGAAUUUCAAGCAUGGCAAAGCUCCGCAGGCUUCACAUAGUCAGAAUGAAUUCGCGCAAUCGAUACCUUCGUUUUGGCGAAGCCAUUUGCAAGUUUAUUCGCAAGACGACCCCUCUUGUGGUGAAGAAAAUGGCCACCCUAAAAGACGAUGACCGAAUCGUCACCGCAAACAAGAUCAUCAACAUAAUUGGUUCCAUUUUGUAUCCACAGUCAACAUGCCCGAAUCAUUACAAGCAUGGAAAUAGAAGGCAAAGCGGCCCCGAGAGUACUGCCGAACUACUAACGACGACAACCGAUGCUUACGCCAACCAAACUGUGACAACCACCACCGAGGAAGACUUUCUAGAAGAUGACAGAGCAGAAAUAUCGAUCUCCACGUUCCUCAAGGCGGCUCAGAAGUUAGAGGCAGUUCACUCUUCCCUGCAUGACUACAUCGUCUACCAGUGCAAUGUGGAGAACGAUGUGAUUAAAGUGCUCGAAGGAUUCCUGAAGAUCGUUUACUUUGGCGACUACCACAGGCUUCUGGGCAUGAUCGAGCAGUUUUUCGCGCACUGACAAGACGCGCAUCAUUGGAACGUCUUCACGGAAACUUGUCAAACUAUUAAAAGAAACAAACCUGCUCUAUACCACACUCACUACUCGCCAAGUUUGUUAAUUAAUUCAUUACUUAUUUAUACGUACAAUCAACCACAAUGGGGAUGACAACUGGAAGACAAAGUGAAGUCAAAUUUCUAGGUAUGCCGUAUGUCGAAGUAUAAGAC